CCAUAAAAGAAGAAGACAUAUGCCUUGUCGGUACAACCCAAGACCUCAGAAAUACAGAGGAAUUGCUGGAUACAACGAUUAUGUGAGCAACAUUGUAACCAAUUACUGUGCUUUAACGUCAGCAGAUUUAUCUUUCAAGUACAUGAAGUCCAAGGCAUUUAUCAACUUUGCAGUACUGGACCAUGAUUACUUGGACCUGCCAUUCACUGAAUAUUGGAUAGAUGCAGCUCAGAAUGUUUCAGAUAGGGAUAUUGCCCGCAUCGAACACAGAACUAGGAAACAGAAUCUGUCGAAAGUUUGGCACCAAGAGAGAGAAUGGCGUUUGACAGCUUCCAGGUUUGGGGAUAUUUGCAAAGCUACUGAUCGACGUAACAGACUGAAGCUGUGUUCUAGCAUCUUUAAACCUCUUAAACUGAAAACACCAGCUGUCUUACAUGGCCAAAAGUAUGAAGCUGUAGCAAGACAAACAUUUCAAGAAAAAAUGGGUUUCAAAGUAAAGACUUGUGGUCUUUUCAUAGACUCGGAGAACAAUUAUUUGGCUGCUUCGCCCGAUGGCAUUAUUGGAGAAAAUGCUAUUGUUGAAAUUAAAUGUCCAUAUAAGGGUAGAGAUCGUAAGAUUGCUGCAGACAAGUUUUUCCCAUUCUUGCUAGAGGAUGAUGAUGGUGUAUUGCAUUUAAAACAGAAUCAUAAUUAUUAUAUGCAGGUGCAAGGGCAGCUUAAUGUUUGUAAAAAAAAAGUGUUUCUUUGUUGUUUACUCAUUUGUAGAUAUUUUUUUGGAAGAAAUCAAUGUUGAUAGAGAUUAUUUCUGUGGUUGCAUGCUACCAAA